AUGUGCACGGAGGCACGCUGUACCUCCGUGCUGGUGAUUUUGCCUACUAGCGAUACAAUUCAUAUAAGUGAGGUCUGGAAUGGCAAUCUGGAAUGUGAGUUUGCUUUGAUUCGCGGUAUCGUAGAUGACUUCCCUUACAUUGCUAUGGACACUGAGUUUUCGGAGCUGUUAACUCAUAGUGGCAUUGAUUUCGAGAAAAAUAUUGAGCAGGGUAUUGAUGCUUAUCGCUUUAGUGAGCUUAUGAUGUCAUCGGGGAUAGUGUUGAAUGAUAAUGUGCAUUGGGUGACUUUUCAUAGUGCCUAUGAUUUUGGAUUCGCUCUUAGAACUGGUCGACGGUUUAGAGCAAGAAGAAUGUUACUGUUAUUCAAAACCCCAAUGGGUUUUUCCCUUUUCAAAGUCUUGGAUGAAGGCAAGCUAUUCAAAGUUGAGAUCAGUUCAACUUCAGAGUCUGCAAGUUUGAUGAAGAAGAGCCAGAGAAGACCAAAAGUAGAUCUCAUUCCUGCUAUACCUAAGGAAGAAGCUGGUACAAAUCUUUUUAAUAUGAACUCAGAUGAUAAGAAUAAGGUAGAUGCUGGAGGUGCAUCCACUCAGAAAGUUGGAAAGUGUGUUCUUCGUUCUAAAAAAAUUGCAUUAAACAUUUGA